CUGAGGCUGGUGCAAGCUUCGUGUGUUGUCCGUUUCCUGGACGUCUGAGUUGCGUGCUCCAGGUCAGACAAAAGGGCAGGAGGACGGGCCAAGCAAGGCCUUUUCUGAGGUUUGGCUGAGCAGAGGCUUCCUGAGUAUCCGCUGGGCUCUAGAACUCGGGGUUGCGGCUUGUCCACACUUGAGUUUUCUCAGGCUCAUCGAAAGCAUUUUUAAGAAAUACUGACUCCCAGGCUCUCCCUCAGACUCAUUAGUGGAGGUGUUAGGACUGCGUUGACUGGACUUCCAAAGAGCUUCCGUCUCUGGCCUGUUGGAGAAGCAGCAAGGAGAUCUUGACGGCAUUAUUGUUGGGGCUGUUAGGGGAAGAUUCACCCCCAACAGCGCCAGCAUCUCCCCGGCAGACUGGUCCAUCCUCUGGCCGUCACAGGGGUUUUGCAGAGGCUGAAGAGUAGUUGUCUAGCUGAGUUGUGACUGAUUACAGACGCAGAGGAGCUCCUGGUGGCAGCUGGAAUUUAAAGGCCUGAAGAUCAUACUUCAGGAGAUUGCAGUAGAGUGAGGCCUGAGAUUUUAGGGUGUAUCCAGUUCUCACUGAAUACUGGGCCCACUGAGCGUGGGGCCCACGCUCCUGAAGAAAACCCACCUCAGUCCAGGUCUUCCUUCAUAGCCCAAUGGCAGUCCCAGCAGCCCUGGCAGGACUCCAGGCAGAAGCCAACUGUCCCGUCUGUCUGGAUUACCUCAGAGACCCCGUCACCACCGAAUGUGGGCACAACUUCUGUCGCUGCUGCAUCCAGCGGUCCUGGGCUGAUCUCAAGGACAGGUUCCCGUGCCCCGUGUGCCGUCACGCAUGCCAGGAGAGGCACUUGAGGAGCAACACCCAGCUGGGAAGGAUGAUUGACAUUGCCAAGCUCCUCCACAUCACCAGGACCAAGAAGAGGAGGCCGGAAGAGAAACAUUUGUGUGAGAAGCACAACCAGGUCCUGACCCUUUUCUGUGAGGAGGACCUCGAGGUGUUGUGUCCCAAGUGCACACAGCCCCCUGACCACCAGGGCCACUUGGUGAGGCCCAUGGAGGAGGCUGCCUCUCAUCACAGGCAGAGGCUCAGCCGUUACAUUGAGCCCUUGAAGAAGCAGAUGGAAAAUGUUCAGAAAUUAAUAAACAUUCAAAGCAAAAAACCCUUAGAGCUGAAAGAGAAGGUGGAAAAUCAAAGGCAGGAAUUACUCUCUGAAUUUGAGUGCUUGAAGCAAUUUUUAGACCGUGAUCAAGAAGCCGUUCUUUUGAGGCUAGCUGAUGAAGAGAAAGACAUUCAACAGAAACUCAAUGCGAACAUCACCGCAUUUUCAAACUACAUCUCCAUACUCAGAGGUCUGCUUAGUAAAGUAGUUGAGAACAGUGUGCUGUCUGAAGUGGAAUUGCUGUCACAAAUUAAAAAUUUCUACAGGAGGUCUGAGGAUGAGAUCAGUCCAUCAAUUUUCUCAAUCCAGUUAAGAAGGGAAGGCUGCAGCUUUCCUCCCCAGUAUUCUGCUUUGCAGAAAAUUAUAAACAAAUUCAGAGUAGACAUUAUCCUAGACCACGAGACGGCACAUCCCAACUUGAUUGUCUCAGAGGAUAAGAAAUACGUGACGUUUUCGAAGAGAAAACAGAAUGUUCCUCAUUUUCCAAAAAGGUUUACAGCCAACACAGUUGUCCUGGGUUUUCCAUAUUUUUACUCUGGCAGGCAUUACUGGGAGGUAGACGUGGAAGACAAAUCUGAAUGGGCUGUGGGGAUUUGCAAAGACUCCCUUCCCCCUAAGGCCAGGAGAUCUCCGCAGGCCUGGCAGGGCUGCUGGGUGAUUCAGCGGCAGGAAGAUCGCUAUGAGGUGGUGGGAGCCACGGCAACCGUGCUGCUUUUGGCUGUGAACCCCAGAGGCAUUGGCAUUUUCUUGGACUAUGAGCUGGGUGAGAUCUCAUUUUAUAACAGGACUGAAAAAUCUCACAUCUAUACUUUCACUGACACUUUUACUAGACCUCUUAGGCCUUAUUUCUAUGUAGGACCUGAUUCAAAACCUCUCAGGAUCUGUAUGGGGACAGAUUGUGAGGGAAAACUGCCUGGAUCAUCUUAGUAGUUAGCUUUAAAGAAUGGAAGGUGGAUGGGCUAUUGUAUUAAUAUGCCACUAAAGCUAAUUUUUCCACUUUCCCCAGUUUUUUUAUCUUUCUCCUUUUAAUCCAAAA